AUUCCAUGUAAGUGAAUUUGACAGCAUUGUGAUUGUCUAUUGAUAUUUUCCUGUUUUUCUUUUACUCCUCAAGGAAGAAUGUUAGACAUAUUUAUAGGAAAUUGCCGUUUAUGCUGCAUCGAUAAUAAUGCGAAGGGUGCAGUCAUUAAGCAACAAUGUAAAGAGCUUCUGGGUGUCAAUGAAGAUGAGAUCUACCUGAUUUCGCAGGGAAGAUUGGUAUCAAAUACCAGCGUAGUUAGCAAUGGUUCAGUGCACGUAUGCCUUCGAAAUGUGGGUGGCAAAGGUGGGUUUGGUUCGAUGCUACGUGCGAUCGGAGCACAAAUUGAGAAAACUACCAACAGAGAGGCGUGCAGAGAUCUGAGCGGUAGAAGACUUCGCGAUAUAAACGAGGAAAAGCGUUUGAAAACGUGGAUUGCGCAACAAGUCGAUCGUGAACAAGAGGCGGCCGAUAAUAAACAGAAGAAACUAGAGAGGUUAUGCGAACCUCCUAGACACGAAUUUAAGGAUGAAGCCUAUGAGAACGAGCGUUCAGCUUUACCUGAAAAAGUAGAAGAUGCAGUCUUGCAAGGGUUAAAAGUGGCAGAGGGCAAAGAAGGUGUGAAAAGAAAGCAGGCGACUACUUCUAACGUUAAAAAGAAAAAACAAAAACUAUGGUUAGAUGCCGAUGAAGAUUUUGGUUCCACAAGUGGUGAAGAUUCAGAAACUGAUACUCCCAGUUCAACUUCACAAUGUACCAAAACAGAAGUAUCUGCAUAAUAAUGAAAUAUUUUUUAUUUUCAAAUCCCAAUUUAAUAUUUAAGUGCACACAUUUUUAUAAUCAUUAUUGUUUUUUUCUUUCUGUAGUAUAAUUUUGUAAAAUCUGAUAUGCUGCAGCGUUGUAGGAACUGGGAACCUCUCGGUAGGGAUCAACAAACUCAAUGUAUUAAUAAUUAUGUGAAAGUAUAACAUUUAUUUUAUUUAAAAUAUAAAUAAAUCAUUUUCUAAUUAUUUUAAACA